ACAAAAAUUGUAUCGCAUUGAAUUUUUGGCAAUAAAUUGUUAACAACUAACAUAUGGACCGGAAAUACGAGUGGAAAACAAAUCCCUAUUAAUCUGAUUAUUAUCUUUUAUAUAAUCGCACAAUUAGUUUGCUACUAGUCUUUUUGUCACGUCAAAGCAUUUUUAAAUAUCAUGUUAGUUUGGCUUAAUUCGGCAAGCUAUAGUUUCCUAAAAGAGCCUAAAAACAUAAAACAAAAGUCUUAUAUCCAGUUCGGCGAUCAGUUUUCGAUAUUCAAAGUGAACCAUCCGAGUGUCUAUAUGAAAAACGGUAAAGGCAAUUAAUACAUUUGGACUUAGUCUUAGGAAUAGUUUGAUAAUCUGUGAUUUGCACUCGUCCAAAAAUCGCAACGGAAACUGAAACGUGUAUGACAUGUGUGGCUUCCCCUUUCCGAUUAUUUGGUCAUCGACGGAAGGUUCUCUGAUCGGAGUCGGAUCGGAGUCGGAUCGGAUAGAUGUGACUCGGCCUUAAGGCAACGUCCGAAUGAUCCUCAUACAUUGUCUGUUCUAAAUAGUUCCUCUUCGCUUGACCCAGAUUUACGUUUCGAAGCGUUCCAUAUAUGAGAACAUUUGCUGGUUUAAGUUUAAGUUUGAAGUUUCGGUUUGCAGAAAUUGGAAAAUCGAAAAUCUGGCAAACUGUAAACGGACUGGAAGAUUCAUCGUGCAGUCACCCCGUGCCAUCGAUUCUGGAUUGGUGUGAGCGUGGAGCAGAGCGUCCAGCAGACCUGCUGGAGCGUCGCUGCACUAUGACAUCACUGCGACGAUGACGUCACUCUUCGCCGCGACGCGACACGACGCUUUACCCGUUUAUAAUGAACGGAAAGUUGUGGCAGGGGAACAAAGUGCCGGUAGAUCGAACAGCGAUCGGUCGAAGUAACUCGUCACUGCCGAGCGCAACAAAAUCGCGCGCGAACCUUCUUCGGCAACAAGAAGAAGCAGAAAAAGAGAAAUUUCCGCAAAAUUGAGUGACUGAAAGUUGAGUGGUUUUUGGGGAAAAUGUCCGGACUUUGGACGCGGGAGUCGAGCGAGCAGCUGUGAGCGCGACAAUUUCCAGUUUCCGACUGGCUCAGUACAUGUCUGGACUGGACGAUGUGAGUGACAAUUUCUCGUCUAGUGCAUCUUCUGUUAGUGAUACAUUCAAGCGAGUACCUGGACAAAAAUCUGCCGUAUCAGUGGCGCAGACUUUCGCACUUGUUGAUUCGUCAAAACAAAACGUCUUUCCUCUUAUCAUCUGGUGGUCGAUCAGUAGGAUCAGUCCUACUGAAUGCUGUUGAUCGAUCUGUUCGAGGUGGAUUCGCCAUCCGACAGCCUGUUGGAAGCCGUGGCUUCGCCCUGUUCGCCAGGUGACUUUUAGUAGGCUGUUCCUAGUUCACUGUCUUAGUUCUGGCCAUGUCGUUGUUGUUUGCCGUUGAUUGUUGCAUGUGGCUGUAGGAUGAUCCAAGCGGGACAUGCGUCUUCGGCCUUCCGCAUCGUUUCGUCACCCGGAGGGUUUCUUUAGGGCCGGCCGCACGCCCUGUAACGGGGGCCCAACCUCUGUCGCUCCCGAUCUUAACGACGCCACUGAUUCGAACAAUAAUUCGCCAGGAUUCGGCUGCCGUCUACCCAACAAGUGCUCAGUGCUAGUCCAGGGCGAAGUUUCAGGUGCUCCGCUACUUGCGGCUGCACAACCACACGGCCCCGGUAGCCCCCAACCCAGCAUGCUUCUAUUGCAAACACAGACCCAAUUUGGUUCUGGCAGCUUCGCAGAUCUGCUGAAUGCCCCAUUUUCAGACGAACCCUCCGACCUUUUGCAUCACACCCCUGAAGAUCUCGAUCCUUUUGCAGACGUGGCACUACCGCCGCCCUCUUCUCCUGCACCUUUACCUAGUUUUCAGGAAACUUAUAGGGUGUUCCAACAACAACAGCCCCAAACCGCCCAAGACUUGCCGCCGCAGCAGCAACAGCAACAGCAGUUCAAAAUGGACGAAGACUGCGGCUUUAACGUGGCUCCGUACCAUCCGGUACCAACAUCGCACCACUACGAGUACCAACAACUCCAUCAGUAUCCAGUAGCCAGUCCCUACUACCCUCCGCCUCCCACUUGCAGUCCCAGUUUCGACGCUCUCAUGGCCCAAAGUGGGGAAUCUUACUCUUUGCCCACUUACCAGGUACCUUCAGCCACGGAGCUGCAUGUCAGUACUGCUUUAAGUCCAAGACAGAGAAGAGCCUCACUUCCUCUGCAGCGAAGUGAGUCAACCAGCAGCAGCGAAAGCCCCAAGCUGCGAAUGGUGGGCACUGGGCCUUCGGCCUCCUCCUCAGCAGCUUCUUCGCCUGGAGGGCCAGGCGACCAGCAGCCCCAAACCUCCAAAGGUCCCACGCCUCCUUCUCCCUCGCAACUUUGCGCUGUGUGCGGGGAUACGGCUGCUUGCCAGCACUAUGGAGUGAGGACGUGCGAAGGUUGCAAAGGUUUCUUCAAACGAACGGUCCAGAAGGGCUCGAAGUACGUUUGCCUGGCAGACAAGGCGUGUCCGGUGGACAAAAGGCGGCGGAAUCGAUGCCAGUUUUGCCGCUUCCAGAAAUGCCUCGCCGUUGGAAUGGUGAAAGAAGUGGUGCGGACGGACUCGCUGAAAGGGCGCAGAGGGCGGCUGCCUUCGAAGCCAAAGUCUCCUCAAGAGUCUCCGCCCAGUCCUCCGGUUUCACUCAUUACGGCUCUGGUGCGAGCGCAUGUGGACACCACUCCAGACCUGGCCAACCUGGACUACUCCCAAUACAUGGAACCCUCUCCUAUAGAACCAGUGAUCUCAGAAGUUGAAAAAAUUCAGCAAUUCUACUCCUUGUUAACCACAUCGGUUGACGUUAUCAAGAGCUUUGCUGAUAAAAUUCCAGGAUUCUUGGAUAUUUGCCAGGAAGAUCGGGAACUGCUGUUCCAGUCCGCAUACUUGGAGCUGUUCGUCCUUCGCUUGUCCUACCGAACGCAUCCGAACGACACCAAACUGACCUUCUGCAACGGCAUGGUUCUGGAUAUGCAACAGUGCCAGCGCUCGUUCGGCGAUUGGUUGCAUGGAAUCAUGGAAUUCUGCUCUGGGCUCCAUGCAAUGGAAAUCGACAUAUCGGCUUUUGCCUGCUUGUGCGCCCUCACACUUAUUACAGAGCGGCACGGUCUAAAAGAGUCUCACAAAGUGGAGCAGUUGCAGAUGAAGAUCAUAUCGUCGCUACGCGACCACGUCACUUAUAAUGCAGAGGCUCAACGCAAAGCGCACUACUUCAGCCGGCUGUUGGGAAAGUUGCCCGAGCUGAGAUCGCUGAGCGUUGCUGGCCUGCAACGGAUCUUCUAUCUGAAGCUGGAAGAUCUGGUGCCAGCGCCUCCUCUUAUAGAGAAGAUGUUCGUCGCUAGCCUGCCUUUCUAGGAUAAGUAAAAUGUUUCUCUUUGAAUUGCCACUUCGUUUUGGUGGGGUUUUUGGCAUUGACCUGUUCGAUCCAAACAGCCCUGCUAGAAGAAGUUUAGGACGAAAACCGAUGAUAAGUAGAUCAUUGUUUCGUAACAGUAAGAUUAACAAAACUCUCCAAACGUGAUAUGAACUAAGUUCUUUGUGAUUCGUUAUAUCGUAAGUAGAUUAGAUCGUUUAUUUUAUUAAAGAAAACCAUAAUUAUGAACUCGAGUCGUUUCGGGCCUGGGCAGGAGGGCUUUGAUUCAACUGAUCAACCGCAAAAUGUAGCCUCCUAGUACCUACAUUCCAUAUUCAGUAAUCGCGGCCUAAUUUUCUAAUGCCCGGCUUCUCCUGAUCCCGAAAUGUUUCUAACUCUUUCAAACGUGUGUAACUUCCUCCAAAUACCCAUUUAAAUUCACAAAAUUCUUGCUCUGAUCAAUAUAACUGGAAUUUUCCAAACAAGUCAACCAAGAAUCAUAUCUUAGGCUUGUAGAGUGACCGCUAUGGAGUGCGAACAGAAUGGGCAGAGAAGAUAAGCUUCCUGAAUAUGCAUUUUAUAAAUGAAUUGUAGCUAAAUGGAAUUUUAAAGUCGUCGUUUCGUUGCGCAUUCUGUACUUAGGUAUGUCCCUUAAUUUGGGUGUUGUGUCAAACUGUAGGUGUUUCCUAGACUCGCCCUCUUAUCUCGUAUAUUAAUUAACUCUACUCAGUACUUAAGUUAAAUGUAUUGCUAUAGCAAAGGUAAUUAAUUUUUUAUAAAUGUUGUUAUACAUACUACGAUAAUCUAGCACUUUUAAGCAUUUUGUCACUUUAUCUGUGGAUGGAUAGGAAGGGCGGCUUGGAACUAUAAAGUUGUGCUUUUUAACUAGAUCAGUUUGAAAUUAAAUUACUUUAAAUUUCUGCAUUAUUUUUCAUGAUAAAGCAACUGAAAGUCGCUUAUUUUAAAUGAAAAACUUAGGCUCACCAGUUUCAAGAAACAUUGGCUACUAAUUUGUGAGGUUUUUGCUGCGAUCAGCAAACCCCCUGCGAAGAUGCAAACCACUCGUGUUUGCAAAACGCCAGGAAGAAAUUAUUUUUUCCACGACGGUCUGAAAACCCGAAAAACUCACCAGCAUCAAUCACUUGUAAUUUUGCUCAAUCAUUAAGAGAAAACUGUUCAUUUAAAAUAUGAUCAACAAAAACCAGGUUCCGAUUUAAAAAGUUUUUAUGUUUAAUUAAAAAGAGUUAUUUUUUGGAAAAAAACAUCGAACACUACUUUUUAAGUUGCAUAGGAAGGUUUCCUAAAAAAUAUUAACUUCGCUUGCAGUACGUACGUUAAGUACAUAGAAAAUGUCAUUCGAAUAUAUGUUUUUAAUAGUGAUAAAUUGUGCUACUUCAAAUCGAACUUUGAGAUCUUGUAGAUCGAAAACUGGGCCUUUUUCGCAUAAGGCAUAUUAAAGAAAUCAUACAAAAAGCUACUGAUACGUUUGCCUGAGAUAAUGCCAAACACCCUUAAUAAAAACCUUGUCCUUUUUAAAAUGUUGAACUUUUAAAUAAAAAAAUUAGUGCAAUUUUCAAAACAACCACAGGAAAAAUCCAAGUCAAACGAAAAACGUUUUUUUUCCUAAAAAUCAGAAGUGAUUAGAUUAAAAAGCACCAACCAUCCAAGCCGCUUGUUGUAUAAAUAAGUGUAAAAAGACGGUACUAUAGACCUGAUGAACAAUACUCGGAAGCAGAAACUUUUAACUAUAAUUUUCGUAAUGUUAAGUGAUACGAUAAGUGUAAAUUUGUAGGUUUUAACAGAAUAUUUUUUCAAUGUUACCACCGCGCAACGGCGCGGCAAUCUCUUAACAAAUGCGAUAUCCCUAGUCAAGGCACAUUUUUGUAUAUACUUAAACUUAAACGAAAAAAAAAAAGAUAUUUUAUUUACACUAUUUACAAAAGUAUAUUAUACAAAAGUAUUUGAAAAAAAGAAAGUUACCUAGAUCGUUUUUUUGCGUAUUGUUUUGUUUUGUAUAUUUAUUAUAUUUAAUUUGUUCUGUCGACCGAAUUUGCCGAAAAUACUCGUAAAAGACACCUUCAAGAAAGACAUAGAGUUAGUAGUGCCAUGUUGUCAUAUCUGAUCCAGGGCGCAAAACCGAGCGCCCUGUAUAUUUUUAUGUAAAUUCAUAUCAGUCAAACUGCCUUGCAUGCUGAAACGGAUGGACUGAGAAGAUAGUUACCUGAACGGAGAUAAUAUUAAUGUAUAUACCGGGUGUUCAAUAAAAAUUAAAUUUUUUUAAGCACCUGGUAUGGGCUUAUGUAGGUUUUGCACCCCCCCACGCUCUAUAUUUCCAAUAUUGUCUACCGUCCCGCUGCCACUGAUGGUUUUCCAAACAUGUUCUAAUGCUUACAAGGAUAGUGUACCAGCUUUCUCAAAAUGGGAUAAGUUGCAAUAUAUAGAGCUGUUUUGAAAAAAAACCCAAAAACCGCAACAGUGCAAUAUUUCCGAUUCUCUUUGUCAAACUGUGAGUUGUUGGGCUUUUCGAGAACAGUUUCAGAAUGAAACAUCUACUAAAUGUUUCAAAGAAAAUUUUGUGUGUACCUGUAAAACCCUUUUCUAAUUUUGUAUCAACUUUUCUAAGACCUAUUUACUAAAUUGUCUAAUCUGCAGGACCGCCGUCCUGAAAGUCGCCACAACUAUGCACAAUUUACCGUUAAGUUGAAAUUUGUUUUGCCAUAAGGUGCCAGUUUACUCGCUAAACCUACGUUUUAGGAAUUUACGAAGACAAAACAACAGAAUUUUUAUUUAGUUUUACUUCGCCCUUAGUAUAUAGUUACCAGGAAUUCCCGCAGGUUUCUAUUGACCUGCGGCAGUUUGCCACAUAUUUCAGCCUCAGCUGUCAUAUUUUAGAUUCUUAGCCAUAAGACAAUGGAAUCCUUAUAUUAUACAAAUAUUUUUUUAAUACCUACUACCUAUUAAACGUACUUAAUUAUA